AUGAACUCGACAACGCCGUUAUUUGGCACCGCCGACUUGCCACCAGCCACCUUCCGCCCCGAAGUCGAAGACUUUGCCAACGCUCUCGACGAGUGCCUGUCGCCGUUCCUCUCCCCGGCCGACCGCAGAGAACGCCUGCUCGACCUGCCCAGACGAUAUCACGAAAAUGCGCUGCGCAGAUUGGCCAAGGCGCGCCCCCGACGCGCUCGCGAAUCCCAGGUCGACAUCAUGGACAUGGACAUGGACGACGGCACGUCUCUCCGCUCGUCGCUGCCCCUCGAUGCCGAUGAGAUGCGCAGCCUUGAGGAGGAGAUCCAGACAUGGGACCUUGUCCGUCGCCUGUUUCCUCUGCGCCAUGCCGACAGUGCAGCCAUGAGCUUCGACCGCGAUACCAUUGUCAACGGUAGCCACCGCAACAACGACGCGGUGCACGAGUUUCUGCUCACCGACUCGCUGGCACAAGAGCGCCGUGCUGUUCUCCAAUGGCUCCAGAACAAUGCCGCCUCUGGGCCCGACAUCGACACGCUUGUGGAAGAUUUGCAGAAAAACGCCGACCGAGGAGACAUCAUUGCCCACGGCUGGCUACACACACGGUCCGCCAUUAAGCUGCGUAAGAGCAUGACGGGCUGGCCACAUCUCUUGGAUAAGCAGUCGCCCAGCAUUGCUCAAUCACACGUUAGCUCUGCUGGUGCGCCGCUUGUGACACAGCUCGAUCCCGAUGCCAUCACGCGACAGGGCCGCAAGCUCGAGCCGCAGGACGAGUUCUUUGAGAGGGCCAUCUGGCUCGGCUGCUUUGAGCACCUGCGUAGAGGCAGCGAUCCAGAAGUGAUUCGAGAGUGGUGUCAGGACAGGACAGAGCUGUGGAGGUCCAUCUCCAUGUCGGCCAUGCUUCUGCCCACCAACGACUUUGACCGCUCCAUUGACGCUUCACCAGAGUCGCUUGCCCUCUGGCGCCGCAUGUGCUACGGCCUAGCGAAACACGGUGGCUCUGACGACUAUGAGCGUGCCGUCUACGGUAUCCUGUCAGGCGACAUUUCAUCGGUGGAAAAGGUCUCGGAAAGCUGGGACGACUUCUUGUUUGCCAACUACAACGCCCUUCUUCGCACGCAAAUAGACAACUACCUGCUCUCACAAUGCCCGGCCGACGCAGUAUCAACAUUGACACAGUCAUUCUCGGUGUUCGACGCCCUCCAGUUCCACGGCGGCAAGGACAAUGUUGAAAAGAAGCUGAUUAGCACGCUGGAGUCGCGCAAGAGCAUCCAGGCCGAGGCUAUGCAGCCCACCAAAGCCCUGCAGGCGUCAUUCCUCUCGCAAGAGAUGAGCCGCCACCUGUACGAGCAAGGUCUAGCUGUGACGGAAGACGCCCGCAAGGCCCGCCUGUCACUCCUCCUGCGCCGCAGCGACAAUGACGAGCUCAAGGUUGCCAAGCAAAAGUUCUUUGGCCUGAACCAGGCCGACGGCAUGCGCAUCGUCGCCCACAUCUACAUCCUCAACACGCUGAUAGAACAGCUCGACGCCAACGAGGGCAAAUCGGUACAAGACACACCCGCACACUGGCGCUACACGCAAGAAAACAUCCUCGCCGCAUACACCGACUACCUGCGCCGCGCCAACCUCCCCGAGCUCAUCCCCAUGUACUGCUCGAUCCUUGAGGCCCCGCGCCGCUACGAAGUGCUGAGCUGGAACCUGAUCCAUGAGACUGAGGCCAAGCAGCGCCUCGUCCAGCUCAAGCUGAUCAAGAACGCCGGCGUCGAUGUUGUCCGCUUCGUCGAGACACAGGCUGCCAUGCUCUUUGACGAGCUCAGCAAGACUCCCGAGCGCCUUGCCGCAUCAAACCAAUUCUCCAUCCUUGCACCGGGAUCCAAGGCGUCGAAGCAGGCCCGCGGCAUCCAGGCCGACUUCUUCGGCGACGACGAGGGCGAGAUUGAGACUCGCCACGAGCACAUGAUCCGCGCGCUUGAGUGGCUCAUGCUUGUGCACGAGACAUGGCCCAAGGUAUUCUCUAUCGGUACCCGCGUGUACACGCACUUCCUUAAGCACAUGAACCUGAAUGCGGCGCGCCAGCUGAUGCAGCGUGUGCCGUUUGACGCCAUUGUGCGCGAACUCAUUGAGGAGGAUGACAGCGAGCCGGACAUUGGAUCGCUGCAGUUCUGGGCCCUGCAUCUUGGCCAGAGCAAUAUUACCGAUGUCUCGGCCGUCGAGGCCCUCUCCGACGCUAGAAACUUUAGAGAAUUAGAGUCGCUGGUGAAGGCGCUUGAUAAUCUCGAGACGAUUGCCUCGCUGGUUGUGAUAUCCCCAGAAAUGCCUGCCAAGAACAAGGAUUUUUGGGACAAGACGGCCGAAGAGACCCGCGCCGUCAAGGAGAACAUGCAGCCGCUCCUCUCCGGAUGGCUCCUCGCAGGCAUCGCCGACGGCGACAAGGACCUCAAGACGCUGCGCGACAAGUUCCUGCCCGAGACCAUCCUGGCCUUUAUUUCUGCGCUGCACUUUGCUGGUACCAAUCUGUCGCGGGACAACCUGCUCGAGUGUAUGGAGCUUUCGGCCACGAUUGCCGAGCGCGGGUCCGAUCUGGCGGAUGCCUUUGUCGAGGCUAAGCGCAUGAAGGAGCUCGUCGAGGCGUUUGCCGCGUGUAGUCGCGCCUUGGCUGUCAGUGGCGCCGACAAGAGAGGCGUUGCGCCGGGGAGUAGCAAGAAGGUGAAGGAUAUGGGAUGGUCGCGGGAUCUCUGGAGCAUCACGACGUCGCAGUAA